UCCCGCUUCCAGGAAUGAAACAUAUUUGCUAAAGUUUUCUAGCAAAAAUGUAUUGCAUUAAUGUCAUUAAUUCAUCACAAGGAAUGAAAGCUGAAAAGUUUACUCUUUUGUAAAUUUCGUUCAUUCGUUAGAUUUCGAGGUUAAGCAAGAAGUAUUUAUUUUUCUUUUAUUUUAAUUUGAAAGCCUUUGACGAUGAAUAAACGUUCAGCACCAGAGGAAGCAGCAUGUUCCUUUUUUCUUGAAAGAAAAAAACGAGCAUGUCGAAUGAAGACAGUAGAGGGUAUGUCAUAUUGCCCGCAUCAUUCUCAUUUAAACGCGGAGAAGAAUGACAAAAAGGGCUUAAGAAUUCCUUGUCCAUAUGAUUCUUCACACUUUUGCUAUCAGUCCAAGUUGGAAAAACAUUUGAAGAAAUGCAAUGCAAGAGAAAAGGAGAAGCCUGAAUAUUUUGUAAAGAAUAUCAAUGUUGGUGAUGAACCUAAAGAUGAAGUUUGCAGGGUAACGCUGAAAGAUGUAAGUGAUGAAGAACUUCUGAAUUUAAUUGAAAAGAUUAAGACUAUAUAUGCAAAAAAUUGUAGUGACAUACAAAACUUUAAUGAAGUACAUCCCAUACUUUCAAAAGAAAUGCAAGAUACUGAUGAUGGUGCUAAUUCUUUCAAGCAUAUGAAGCAGCAAGGAUCCUUGCUAGAAAUACUUUCAAAAUUUAAACUUUUAACAGAUGGCUUGUGCUUUGUUGAGUUUGGAGCUGGAAGAGGUCAGCUUAUGUAUUGGAUUGUGAAGUGUGUUUCAGAAAAAGAGAAAGCAUCUUUUAUUCUUGUGGACAAAUCUGCACAAAGACAUAAAAGUGACAAUAAAUUCAAGGGUGAAGAUUUUCACAUUGAAAGAAUAAGAAUGGAUAUUCAGCACCUACAUUUAGGAAAAAUUCCAAGUAUUAAACAAAAGUUGAAUAAGGUAGUUGGAGUGAGCAAGCACUUAUGUGGAGCAGCAACAGAUUUGGCCUUAAAUUGUUUGACAAAAACGUUAUCAUCAGAUCCAUCUGAAGAAGUCACUUCAUGUCAGGCCCUUGGACUUGUAAUGGCUUUGUGUUGUUAUCAUCGGUGCUCAUGGAGCUCAUAUGUUGGGAAGCAAUUUAUGAGACGGAAUGACAUAACUGAAUCAGAUUUUAAACUCAUGUGUUGUAUGGCAAGUUGGGCAACUUGUGGCCUUCGGAAAAUAAAAAAUGAAAAUGUCGAUCAUCCAACUAAAUGUUCAGUUACCAAUGUUGCGGAAGAUAAAGUUUUGAGCAGGUAUAUAAAAUUAGGACUUGAACACAAUGAAAGAGAAGAGAUUGGAAGCAAAUGUAAAAGGCUCAUUGAUUUUGGUCGUAUUGAAUAUUUAAAGGGUCUUGGAUAUGAUUCAAAACUCUUAGAAUAUAUUGAUAAAUCUGUAACACUUGAAAAUGUUGUUCUUGUUGCUGUGCAUGACAAAAGUUUAUAAAA